CCUCUCUCCCCAGUCCACCUUCGUCAUCCUUCCGGAGGUCGUCCUCAAUCGGCUCUCCACCCCAUCUUCUUCUUAUCGACUGUCCAUUCAUUCAUAAAUAAUGGCAUCGUCUGUUCUUCCUGUUGCCUUGCAGAACAAACUGCUUGGUUACAGCAGGGCUCCUAACUCGCAACUCGCGGCUCUCCAACUGGAUGUUAUUCGGAAUAUCGUUUUCAUUCUAUUCAUUCUCCGCUACGUCCGCAAGGCAUAUCAUUCACUGCGCGGCUACGGCCUCUUCGGCAGCAUCCGCAAUGUCUACUCCGCCAUUCGGCUCUUCUGCUACUCUGCGUUCUUGCGAUUCCCCGGCGUUAAGGGCCAGGUUGAUAAGCAAGUGUCCACAGCGAUCGAGGGCUUAGAGUCGAAACUCAUCGCCAGUGGUCCUGGUGUUACCAGGUAUCUGACUCUACCCAAGGAAGGAUGGUCGGCUGAGCAGAUUCGCGCCGAGUUAGGCAACUUGGCGAAUAUGGAACAUACACGCUGGGAGGAUGGUCGCGUCAGCGGUGCCGUGUAUCAUGGUGGCCAGGAUCUCCUGAAGCUACAAGCGGAAGCCUUCGGCCAGUUUGGUGUCGCGAAUCCCAUUCACCCAGAUGUGUUCCCUGGUGUGCGGAAGAUGGAAGCUGAAGUUGUCGCUAUGGUCCUCGAGCUGUUCAAUGCCCCCUCCGAUGGCGCGGGUGUCACGACCAGCGGCGGAACAGAAUCUAUCAUCAUGGCUUGCCUUGCUGCACGGCAGAAAGCAUAUACCGAACGGGGUGUCACCGAGCCCGAGAUGAUCAUUCCCGACACCGCCCACGCUGCCUUUAUCAAAGCCUGCAACUACUUCAAGAUUAAGCUCCACCGCGUUGCUUGCCCGGCCCCGGACUAUAAGGUUCACGUUCCAUCCGUCCGGCGGUUGAUUAACUCCAACACUGUUCUCAUUGUCGGAUCUGCGCCGAAUUUCCCUCAUGGUAUCGUUGAUGAUAUUCCAGCUCUGUCUCGACUGGCGACCUCGUAUAAAAUCCCCCUACAUGUCGACUGUUGUCUGGGCUCCUUUGUUAUCGCGUUUCUCAAGAAAGCCGGCUUCGCCUCUCCUUAUGAGGAAGAGGGCGGCUUUGAUUUCCGUCUACCCGGUGUGACCAGCAUUAGCGUGGACACCCACAAAUAUGGCUUCGCGCCCAAGGGCAACUCGGUGCUUCUGUACCGCAACAAGGUAUACCGCAGCUAUCAGUACUUUAUAUACCCUGACUGGUCUGGGGGCGUUUAUGCAUCUCCAUCCAUCGCCGGCUCGCGUCCGGGUGCGCUGAUCGCAGGCUGCUGGGCUAGUCUGAUGAAUGUGGGUGAAUCUGGUUACAUCAAGAGUUGCCACGAAAUCGUGAGCGCAGCGAAGAAAUUUGAGUCGUCAAUCAAGGAGCACUCAAUCUUGUCGAAGAACCUGGAGAUUGUCGGAAAGCCCAUGGUCAGCGUCGUCGCCUUCGAAAGCAAGAAUGAUGCCGUUGAUAUCUACGAUAUUGCUGAUGAUUUAUCCGCAAAGGGCUGGCACCUGAACGCCCUUCAGACGCCCCCUGCUAUCCACGUGGCUUUCACGGUUCCCACAGCGUCAGCCGUGGAUGCGCUUACCAAUGAUUUGGUCGAGGUUGUGGAAAAGGAGUUGGAGAAGGCCGAAGAGAGAAAGCGCCAGGGCAAGUCGUAUAUUGUCAAACGUGGAGACACCGCAGCUCUCUAUGGUGUGGCGGGUAGCAUGCCGGACAAAAGCAUCGUCAGCCGUCUGGCCGAGGGGUUCCUCGACACUCUGUAUAAAGCAUAGACAGGUCUGUGACCUAAGAAAAUUGGCAUUGUCUAUAUAGUCUUGGGAAAGCGAGAGGCUGCUCGCGCACGAACUCUUUGAAUGGGGUUGUUUCCCUGUGCAAAUAGUUGAUUUGCGGUUUCUUGGUGUCAUGAGCGGCGUUUGCAUGAUUUCUAUUCUUCCCACAAUUGAGUAUUAUUGUUAUCAUGAGAAAUCCACGCAGCAUUGGUAU